UUUUUCAACAUGCGAUGGAAAGAUUCAGUUGGCAUGUUCAGUCGCAUCACCCAAUUGGCAUUGGUUUGGAAUAUCCUAACCUGCUGUUCCGUCUGUCACUAUGCCACAGCUCAAGAUCGAGCGAACGAAUUUGCAGAACUAGACCCCUACUCAGACCAUUUGAUACCCGGUGAUGCUUUUUUCAAUGACUCUCCCUCACUCCAAGCUGAGACAUCCUCUGAAUUGUCAAGCAGAGAAAAGCGCAGUGCAACAGAUGGACAUGGAGAGGCCAAAGCUGCUAGCAACAGUAACAAUAUUCCUGGUGAAGAAUCAAACGCAGAAGAAGUUCUUCCUGCAGGCUCACUGUCUACCAAUGUCACUACAAAUGCGACAUCUUCCACUACUGCCUCUCCCGACCCCGUCCUCCCUGAUAAAAGUGCUGCUGAGGAUGAACACAACUCAUCAAUGUCAAUAUUCUUUGUAUUGUGCGUUCUCGCUCUUGGCAUUUUACUUAUCCACCUAAUGCUGCAGACUCAUUUUCAGUACUUACCAGAAAGUGUUGUUAUUGUAUUCCUCGGGGCUCUCAUCGGCCUCAUUGUCAAUCUUAUAUCAGAUCAGAACAUAGCCAACUGGAAAAAGGAAGAGGCAUUUUCUCCUACAGCAUUUUUUCUUGUUCUUCUUCCACCUAUUAUUUUUGAGUCUGGUUACAAUCUUCACAAAGGCAACUUUUUUCAGAAUAUUGGAUCGAUUCUUGUUUUUGCAAUUGCUGGAACAACAAUAUCUGCAUUAGUUAUUGGAGCAGGAAUUUAUCUUCUCGGUAUCGCUGAGGUAGCAUAUCGACUGAGUUUCGUGGAAAGUUUUGCAUUUGGCUCCCUUAUUUCGGCUGUAGAUCCUGUCGCAACUGUUGCCAUUUUCCACGCUCUUGAUGUAGACCCUGUUCUGAAUAUGCUAGUGUUUGGAGAAAGUAUUCUCAAUGAUGCCAUAGCUAUUGUUCUGACAACAAGCAUUUUGGAAAGUAAUAACCCUACUAUGACAUCAUGGGAAGCAUUUAGAACUGGGAUAAACAGGUUUUGUAUGAUGUUCUUUGCAUCUGCUGGCAUUGGUGUUGUCUUUGCCCUUGCAAGUGCUUUACUCCUCAAACAUGUGGACCUACGCAAGAAUCCUUCACUGGAAUUUGGAAUGAUGCUGGUAUUUACUUAUGCACCAUAUGCUUUGGCUGAGGGUAUACAUUUGUCUGGUAUUAUGGCUAUUUUAUUUUGUGGAAUUGUUAUGUCUCAUUACACUCACUUUAAUCUAUCUACUGUAACUCAAAUAACAAUGCAACAAACUAUGAGGACUCUUGCAUUCAUAGCAGAAACAUGUGUUUUUGCAUAUUUGGGCUUAGCCAUAUUUAGUUUCAGACAUCGUGUGGAACCUGCAUUAGUUGUGUGGAGCUUGAUCCUAUGCCUUAUAGGCCGAGCUGCAAACAUAUUUCCCCUAGCCAUUCUUGUUAACAGAUUUAGAGAACACCAGAUAACGCAUAGAAUGAUGUUCAUAAUGUGGUUCAGUGGUUUGAGGGGUGCUAUUUCUUAUGCUCUUUCUCUUCAUCUUGAGUUCAGUGAUGAAACUAGGCAUGUCAUAAUAACCACAACGUUAAUUAUUGUUCUGUUUACAACUCUUGUUCUUGGGGGAUCCACCAUGCCUCUCAUGAAAUUCCUACAAGCUGGUCGUAAAGAGCGUUCUAGGAGGAGGAGGAGGGAGAAAGGUUUAUCAUUAAGUAAAACCAAAGAAUGGGGACAAGCAAUCGACUCAGAGCACUUAUCUGAGUUGACUGAAGAAGAAAUGGAAGUUGGUUUUAUGCAGUCCCGCAUCAAAGGCUUCUCUCGGCUUGAUAUAAAAAUAUUCAUACCAUUUUUUACUAGACGGUUCACACAGCAGGAACUGAAAGAUUGCAAGAGCCAAAUGAAUGAUUUAACCAACCAAUGGUAUCAGACUAUUCGGUUAUCACCAACUGAAACAGAUGAUGAGGCACCUCUUGCAGUUUCAUCUCAAUCUCAAAAUCCCUAAUAACUCAAUGCAUACCGCAUCUUAAUGUGUUUCAAAAUAUUCAAAACUUUUCAAAUCUUUUUGAACUCAUAAGGUACAUAAUGUUAAAAUUUGACUGUGGAAUCAGACAAUAAUUGAAAUGUGCAAGUAUCCACAUUUUAUCUGAAUCUAGAAAAAGGUUAAUUGAAAUUAUGGAAAAAAUCAUUGUCUUGUUUUCCUGCUAAGAGAAUGUGUUGUGCAAUGUUUAUCAAAGUCUGACUUAAUCCAUAUUCAUCAGGGUCCAUUUUAAGUGAUAGGCUUACUCCGAUUUUGAAUCUAAGUAGUUUGUCAUAUAGUGUUAUCACAGCAGGAAGAAGUAAGGUAAACAGGAGAAUGUAUUACAAAAAUAACAGUAUUUUGUCAAGUGGUAAAGGGUUCUUCCAGCCUAGUCACUAUUAUUUGGAAGAAAUCAGUGUCUUUCUGAAAAGACACCCCAUUUUCACUGGGUAGAUAAUCUAAAUAUUACAUUGUUAGUAACCUGUGUACUAUGUGUAUUGGUACCUAAUAUCUAUUACUCAAUAUUAAAUAUUCAAUUUCUUCAAGAUUUUAUAUAUUAUCGUAUAUAUUUUGCAGUAGGCUAUGUUCAAACAAUUUUUUAGGACAAUGUUGUUUAGCAUUAAGAGUGUUACAUUCUGAUGUGCUUUGGGGUGGCAUAUAGUGAUAAAUAUGAGCUUUAUUGGUACUUAAAAGUAUUUGUACUCUGGUGACAAUGUUGCACAAAGAAACAAUUGUGAUUUAGAAUGGGUGUUUUCUUCACUUCACAAUACUCCUUUCUUGCUUUUUAAAAUUUAGACAGUUACAUUUCAGGUUUCCUGGGGAGCAGGUGGAAGUGUGAAAGAAUCACACCAUACCCCUACUCUCUUUGUGUAAAGUUGAUGUAAAUUCUAUGACAUGUAUUUGUAAGUAUUUUCAAAGUACUCUGAACAAAACUGAGUCACCAAAUAUUGUGAUUUAAAUUAAUAUGUAGAAUAAAAGUUGUGGUGCCUUUGA